UUCCCUAGCUUAUAGCAAUACAAUUUACUAACAAGACAUUAACAUAGCCUUGCUGAACGUGAAAUAGGGCUUUUCAUUAUUUUAUCUGCGGAAAAUAUUCUUUUUGAUCGAGUUGCGACCAUCAUGGCCGAUUUAAAACCCGGGGACUUCGUGACCCUCAGUGUCGGAGGGGUGCCAUACACGACGACCGCGCUGACAUUGACAUCAUUCUCAGACUCCAUGUUAGGAGGGAUGUUCAGCGGCCGAAUCGAAGCCCAGCGGGAUGAGGUCAAAGGUCACUUCCUUAUUGACAGGGAUGGUGAACUUUUCAGGUAUGUUCUGGGCUUCCUGCGGAAUCGAACUCUUGGUAUCCCUGAAGAUUUUAAGCAACUUCACAUGCUUCUCUUAGAAGCUGAAUUCUACCAGAUAGAACCAAUGUGUGAAGACAUUCGAGAACUGCUGCGAAAACCCGACCCCGAGGUUGAUCCUGGAGAUACCGAUUGUAGCAUCCUGAUCGACGGGGAAACAGUCAAAGAUGUGGAAAGCUUCAAAGAUCUUGGAUCUACAAAGAACAGCGAUGCCAGCUGUACCAGUGACAUAAAGAUAAGAAUAGCUAUAGCAAAGAAGAGAAUGGUUGACCUGCAUGUACUUUGGAAUGACAGGAACAUCUCAACCGGACGUCCUCCCCUGAGGUGGAAAGACCAAAUCCGCCAAGACUCUGGAUUAAGCAUGGAGGCUGCCCAACAUCAAGCCCAGGACAGAAAUGAAUGGAGGCAGACCACCCGUAGGAGCGCAAGGGGACACUCCGUCCUGAGCACUUAA